AUGGGGGGCCCGCGGGCCGAGCACGCCCGCCUGCGGGCUGCGGCCUGGAGGCGCUUCCGGGGGGGGGUGCGGAGGGCUCCCCGACAGGGCGGGCCUGGGACUCGGGGCUACGGGGGACGCCGUGCAAGGACCGGGGCCGUCCGGGGUCCGGACGUCCCGGGCGGCCGCGGUGGCAACUUCCCGGAGUGCGGGCUGCGGCUCCCUGCUCCCCCUGGCGGCGGGGCCAGGGGCACCGUUUCCCCGGCUGGGCCGCGCGGAGCCCGGCGCGAGGUGCCCAGCGGGGUGACGGGGCCACCUGGGCCCUGCCGGGUCCGCCCCGCCCGCGCCACGAUGAAUGGGCCAGCGUGCCAGGCCCAGGCGGAAGCGGGCACCUCCGGCCCGGCCGGCCAAGCGCGCUGGCACCCGGUCUGGCGCCCGCCCCGGCCCGCCAGGCUCCCCAGACCGUACCCUGGGUGA